AGCAAAUUCGUGGAAGACAGCCAAGAAGAUGUAAUCCAGAAACCCCCCAAAUAAAAACGCGUCAAGACAGCUAAAAAGUUAUCCUUUUCCUCUUCCUCUUCUUCUUUCCUCUAGCUCUUGACUUCAUUUUUCUUCUUUAGUACCAUUUUCUUGGCUGGGCACCAAAAACGCGAUUCCCUUAUUAGCAUUUCUUUAGAUUGCCAUUCGCAUUUUCCGUAAUCUUCGGUUCCAUUCAACCAGGAAUUGUUGUUGUUGACAUUGUGGGUUUUUGGUGGUUGAGGGUUGUAAAAUGAGUGAAAUUUUGGCGGUACAUGCAGACCGGUUUGUGAAGCCGGUUCAGGAGAUUAACCCAUAUGGUAUCGUGGAUGAGAAGCAGCAGCGCGAAAUGGUGGGGCCUUCUACUUCAUUGGCGCCGCGGCCGGAGGAGGAGGAGGUGGUGGUAAUGGUGGGGGAGAAUGAGAAUGAGGAAGCGCCGCUUAUAGCGACGGCUGAGUGCCGCAUUUGUCAGGAGGAGGAUUCAUUGACCAAUUUGGAAACUCCCUGUGCUUGCAGCGGUAGUCUUAAGUAUGCUCAUAGAAAAUGUGUUCAACACUGGUGCAAUGAGAAAGGGGACAUCAUUUGUGAGAUCUGCCAUCAGCCUUACCAACCUGGUUAUACUGCUUCUCGACCUAAUCCUGAAGAGACUACAAUAGAUAUUGGGGGAGGCUGGCAGCUUUCUGGGGCACCUUUGGAUUUGCAUGAUCCUCGCCUUUUGGCAAUUGCAGAGGCUGAGCGUCAGCUUCUGGAAGCUGAAUAUGAUGAUUACAGUUCUACAAAUGCAAGUGGUGCUGCAUUCUGCCGUUCAGCUGCUCUAAUUUUAAUGGCUCUUCUGUUAUUGCGGCAUGCAUUGACUGUUACUGAUGGUGAUGGAGAUGAUGACCCUUCUGCAUUCUUCUCUCUUUUCUUACUUCGUGCUGCUGGCUUCCUUUUACCCUGCUACAUCAUGGUCUGGGCGAUUAGUAUUUUGCAGCGGAGAAGACAGAGACAGUACCAAAUCUGGGGAUAGUUGAUGCUUAUGGAAGUGAUGUUCUUCGCUGGAACAGGAGGCUGCGGCAUUGGCUGCGACACAGUUUGCAUUUGUGGUACAAUCUGGGCAAAGCAGGGGUCUGCACUUUGCGAUUGCAUCCACUGCACCUCUACCUACACCUGCAACAGCAUUGACUCCACAACAGGAGCAUGUUUGAAAUCUCCUGCAAUCCUCAUUUCACUGAGCAUCUUUUGUGCGGCAUCAUAUGAAGGGCCAAUCUCUCUCGUUGAUUUUGAAAAUAUGCCUUCUUUGUCUCUUAAAUAUCUCCUUCGGUCCUGUGUAUAUAGUAAUGAUGCUUCUGUAUUUGAGCUGGUUAGGGAAAUUCGGUUGACAUGGGCCAUGGCCGUUUGUUUGCUGAGCCUCAACCUUCCGAUUACCUAUUCCUAUGUUACUUCAUUUUCUUUUUGUUUUUCUGAGGGUUCCUAUGUUACACUAUCAAGUCUUUUGCAUGGUUUGGAUAUCAAAUGCUCCUAUGUCAUGAGCACUCUGCUGUGGCCCCUAAUUUGAGGGCUGUACUAAUACGACACUUUGCCUGCCUUUUUCUGUCUCCA